UCACAUGCAAUGACUCUCUGUGUCUGUGGUCGAUGCGUUCAUAACAGAUUAAUCAGUAGCCAACUCUUCCACCAUCCCUCCCUCCCAUCCUCUUUUAACACUAAAUCCCCUGUUGAUUCUUCAUUUUUUCCCCAGUCCUCCCAUCACAAUCCAUUCUUCUCCCAGUCGCGUCCUCACUGACGCCCCCUUCCUCCAUGGCCGUCGACGGGUUAGGCUAAGGUUGUCAGCUGUUGUACGGCAUUUCUAGGGACAGAGACCACGGAUAUACGUCUGCACCGAGGCCACAAUGGUCGCCCAAUCGACACUUCGGCAUAGGGAGGACCCUCUUGUGGCGUUGUACACCCACUACGCGAACGUGUUCCGGGCGAAGAUCAAGGGUUCAUCCAAGACAACCAAAAUCAUCGCUACCAUCGCCCUAAUAUUAUCGAUUAUUGGGACCGGAUAUGGAGGCUACAGCUGGUUUAGAGAACGGGCUAAGGAGCGGGCUCGAGGGAAGCGAUUACUUCGUCGAAAUUCUGGGAUCCGAGGAAAAGACGGAUCCCGUACGAUAUACGUCCCCUACAAGGAUUCCCUAACCUCCAAGGUCAAGAUCUAUCCGACUAAACCCACCACAUUCGAUGCGCAUCGGAGGCUGUUUUUAAACCCGCCCGCGUCGGCGCCGGGGGAGGACGAGUCUGUUAGCCGGAUCCCUCCUGCGACUACCAAACCAGGGUUGAACCUCGCGUUUCUUCACCAGUUCCUCAGCCUGGGAAGUAUCAUGGUUCCACGCUGGGGGAGUAAAGAGACAGGACUUCUCAUGGGCCACGGUGUUUUUCUGCUUUUACGGACAUAUCUUUCAUUGCUGAUUGCCAGGCUAGACGGUGAAAUUGUGAGAGAUCUUGUCGCUGGCAAAGGACGCGCUUUCACCUGGGGUAUUAUCAAGUGGUGUGGUAUCGGUACUCUGGCAUCAUAUACAAAUGCUAUGAUUAAAUUCCUUCAGUCGAAGGUGUCCAUUGCAUUCCGAACCCGACUUACAAGAUACAUCCAUGAUCUUUAUCUCACCUCGGAUAAUAAUUACUACAAGUUGAUGAACCUCGACGGAGGUAUUGGUCAAGGUCCCGAUCAAUUCAUCACCCAGGAUCUGACUCUCUUCUGUUCAGCCGCAGCCGCUCUGUAUUCUUCCAUGGGCAAACCUUUGGUGGAUCUAUUCGUUUUUAACUACCAACUUUACCGUUCUUUGGGUCCCUUGGCCCUGAGUGGAAUUCUUACCGGAUACUUUAGCACGGCUGUUGUCCUCCGAAAGCUUUCCCCACCUUUUGGCAAACUCAAGGCCGUUGAAGGUAAGAAGGAGGGCGAUUUCAGAGGACUGCAUUCUAGGCUCCUGGCGAAUGCAGAGGAGAUAUCUUUUUACGGCGGUGCCGACACAGAGCACGUAUUCUUGACGAGAAGCUUCAAAGACCUUCAGCGAUGGAUGGAGGGUAUUUACAGCCUCAAGAUCCGGUACAAUAUGCUAGAGGAUGUGAUUCUGAAAUACUCUUGGUCCGCGUUUGGCUACUUAAUUACCUCUCUGCCAGUUUUCCUCCCCGCUUGGGGUGGUUUAGGCGGUGCUAGGGAGUUGGCAGACACCUCCGAAGUUGCCGGUCGGGAGCGCGGCCGUAUGAAGGAGUUUAUUACAAACAAGCGGUUGAUGUUAUCUUUGGCCGAUGCAGGCGGUCGAAUGAUGUAUAGCAUCAAGGACAUCUCAGAGCUAGCAGGUUAUACAUCCCGAGUCUACGGUCUUAUUUCAACCCUUCAUCGGGUUCAUGCAGAUGCUUAUUACCCUCCGAGUGGGACGCAUCCGGAAUUAUACUCGUUAGAGGAUGUCCAAGGAACCAUCCAUAAUGGGUUCGAUGGUGUACGUCUUGAACAAGUUCCUAUUAUAGCGCCUUCCCUUUACCCUCGGGGAGGUGACGAGCUUUUGGAAUCGUUGUCGUUCGUUGUUCAUUCUGGCGAUCACCUUCUCAUUUCCGGUCCUAAUGGAGUCGGUAAGUCCGCUAUUGCACGUAUCGUUGCCGGGCUAUGGCCCGUGUAUCGUGGCCUGGUCAGCCGCCCGAGAGGAUUCGGGCUUGAUGGCAUCAUGUUCCUUCCCCAGCGGCCGUAUCUCAGCGUGGGAACUCUACGUGACCAAGUCAUUUACCCUCACACUGAGAUGGAUAUGCGUGAUGCAGGCGUGCUGGAAUCCGCCCUCCAGAAGAUCCUGGAAGAUGCUCACUUAGGAUACCUCCCUGCCCGCGAAGGAGGAUGGGACUCGCGCAAGGAAUGGAAAGACGUUCUGAGUGGUGGCGAAAAGCAGCGAAUGGCCAUGGCACGAUUAUUUUACCAUGAGCCUCGCUAUGCGUUCCUUGAUGAAGGAACCUCCGCAGUUUCCUCAGACGUUGAAGGGCUGCUCUACGAACAAGCUAAGGAGCGGGGAAUCACGGUGAUCACUAUUUCUACACGGGCAUCACUGAAAAAGUACCAUACAUAUAACCUCACCAUCGGCCUGGGCGCUGAGGGGGAACAGUGGGAGUUUGAAAGAAUUGGUACCGCAAAGGAGAAGCUAGGUGUUGAGAAGGAGCUACAGGAGAUUCGCAAACGCCUUGAUAAGGUCGAUGAGUGGAAGCAACGUCGCGAGGAAAUUGAGAACGAACUCCAAAAGGUCUGGGUCCAGGAGGGAGAGCUUGCGCCUCCGCCAUACGAGGAGAAACCCAAUGUGGCUGAAAGUGAAGCUGUAGAAGUGACGGGCUCUGGUAGCACCUAGUAUAGCAGUAUAUGUACGGAGUAGUAGUUGGAGGACUAUAAUGUAAGAGCCACUCCCGACUGGCAUGUUUUAGCUAGUGAUGUAGUAUAACGCUAUAACAUUUGGGAUCUGCUAUGCAUUCAGAAGGUUGUCUAAAACUACCUUUUCCA